AUGCAAAAACAAGAACAGUGGCUAGCUACAAAGCUAUCCUCAUGUAGUAGCCCUACAAAAGAAGCAAAUGGUGGUGAGUACCCCAUUCCCCAUGAUAUUAAGAAGAAGACAAAAUCGCUUUUAUCACUCCCAAUAUAUCCUGCUUCACCACAGCUAAUUAAUUCCAAUAUAACAGUUUUUGAGAAGUAUGUAAGGAAGUUGGUACAGUCGCGUAGGGCUAUUGAACUCUCCUCUACCCCCACUCAAAAGGACAUGUGGCUGGAGAGACAAAACAAAGCCCACCAUUGUACCUUACCACAUACAAGAAAAGCAAGGUGCUCGUGA